AUGUUAGAUGACGAAGAUGACCAAAGCUUUCACGCUACGCGUGACGGCUACUCCCAUUUGAGCGAUGUCGAAUGGGAUGCGGUUGAACGGAUGGGUUCAACCAUGGGCAUCCAUGCUGUUAGCGUCAUGCUAGAGGCUCUCAAUAGAGAUGCCCAACAUGCUACUAUCGCCAAGUUUAUUCAAAAUGAACUUGACGCUGAACGCGAGAAAGUAGCCUUGCUUCACCAACAAGGUUCUCAACAAGCAGAGUUGUUGAGAGAACAGGGUGCUCAACAUUUUGAACUGUUGAGACAGCAGCAGGCUGCUGCUGGUGGGUCGAUGCACUCGCGUCGACCCGAGACCUUGAAGAUUGACAUCUCCAAGUAUAGGGGAGUCGAAGAUGUAACGGGGUGA